AUGAUGUCGACGUCCUUGCGCCGAGCUGCGUGGGCGCCUCUAUUCGGCUCCUCACGAGUCACACAGCAGCCGAUUCCUUCCUCCGUGCUCGGCGCGUCCCGAUCUUUGCACCAGCGUCAGUACUCCUCUUCCUCUUCAAAACCGCCGGUACCGCCCAGCGAUGGCUCUCGCCGAUUGGAUACCUCGACCCCGGCGAAGGGUGUGAAUGCGUCUGGCGAAAAGGGUAAAUCUGCUCGCCGACGUGGGAAGGAGAAUGGCACUCGGGGCGCCUCGUCAAAAGCUAACCAGCAAAAUGCGGCGUUCUUGAAGCUCCCGAGUGUCCCCUCCACCCAGCACCGCCAGCCGCAUGACGUUCACGUUGCGUCCUUCUUCUCUAUUCACCGUCCUAUUUCCGUGACCACCACCGUCCCUCCAAUCUCGACACCUGAAGCCUUCGAGGCCAUCUUUACCAAGAAAGCCUUGAAGAACAACCCCGAAGAUGUCAUCUUCACUCUAUCAUCAACCGUCCAGAACAUGGAAAACUCCACGCCUGCCAUGGGCGAGUCGGAAGACCAGUUCGGUCAAAUUCAGCAAAGCUUUACCGCUGACGUGAAUGGAGAGCUUCGCAUGCACGAUGGCCAUGAGAUUGGUCUCAGCAUUGAAGAAUACACCCGCCGUCUGCAACCAUUCAAUCCUCCUCCUCCACCAGUGCCCAUGGACAUGAACACCAACUCCGCUUCCCACCUCAGCAACAUCGCCGAGGAAGAGACUUCAACUUACUCCACCGUCCUGACCAUUCGCGAACAACGCCACGCGGACGGACGCAAGACCUACGAGGCUUCCACGGGACCCUUUGUGCGCAGUGAUGUUGAAGAUCCGCAACAUGGAUUCACCAUCGACGCUCCCACGGGCUCUACCUCGGGCAUGACCUACAUCGAGCGUGUCCACCACAAUCGAACUAUGCACACUCUCAGCACCAAGAGACGCCGCAAGAUCAAGAUGAAGAAGCACAAGUUCAAGAAGCUCAUGCGGAGGACACGAACCCUUAGGCGGAAACUUGAUAAGGCGUAG